GUUCUGCCAGCCUUCAUGGAGCAAAUGUGGCAGAAGAGGAGGAGGAGACAAGGAGGAACAUGGGACAGAAGGAUGGGAGGAGAGCUGGUGGAAGAUUUGGGCUUCUUCAUGGAUGAGGAAGCUGAGUUUGUUGGAUGUAGCAUAAAAGCCAACUUAGAGCUGCCUGGAACAGAAGAGAAGGCUGUGGAAUCAGACAGGAAGGAGCUGGGUUUGUUUGCCUUUACAGAACCUGCAGCAUUUCAGCUGACUGGUAAAGAUAAAACAGAGGAGAGUCCGGGAGGAGAUGAAAGGAGCCAAGCUGGAGAUGAUAUUGCUGUGUCAGAAGAAAAUAAAGAGACUGAGCCAAAAGAAAGUGUACAGAUGGAUGAUGAGACUGAGGAGACCAAAGASAAAAAGUUGGAUGAAGAACAGGGUUUGUGUUUGGGUCCUGGAGACGGGGCCGAGUGUCAUCAUGUUCGCAUUUCUCUUCAGGAGGUUGAGAGCUUCUACAGAUUCUCGUGUYGCUGUCACUGGAUCUGUGAUGAGAUCAUGCAGCUGGACACGAAUCCUCCCCACGCUGCCGACAUCAAGGCCGAUCUCAGAAAGCAGUUUGCCUUCCUGUCAGGGGGUAGAGGAGAUAAUGGCAGUCCAAUCAUUGUGUUCCCUGAGUUCGCUGCGUUUGGUGAAAUCACAGACAGAGAGUUUCACAACGUCCUGACCUACCUGACAAGUGUGCCCAGCUUAUCAUCUGCAGACGUGGGUUUCAUCUUGGUCAUCGAUCGCAGGCAAGACCGAUGGGCAGCUGUCAAAGGGACACUACUUCGUAUUGCAGCUAUUGAAGGAUUUGCAUUGAUGGUGAAGAAAACAGCACAGACCUUGCAGUCGUUUGGGACCGAGCUGGCAGAAACCGAACUCCCAAAAGACAUCCAGACCACAACUAUACUGCUGAGCACACACACCAGCAAGAGAGACAAGAUGAAGGAGGACAUACUGGUGGCUUUGGGCCAAGGCAGCAGACUGCUGGAGAGCAUCAAUGAACCUGUGAUGAGAGACCCAGACCACAACAUGAACCAGGACGAACUGGAAAACUUAGCCACGGUGCAAAGGCUUCUGUCCCAGCUGGAUGAAACAGAACGAGCUUUCGAUGAGUUCUGGGUGAGACAUCAGACCAAACUGCAACAGUGUCUCCAGCUGCGACACUUUGAGCACAACUACAGGGAGGUGAAAGCUCUGCUGGACCAAAUGUCUGAGAAACUUGGAACCUUCUCUGAGGUUGGAAUUAGCCCGGCUCAUGCUGAUCACAUCUUCUACGAACUCAUCGCRUUUGAGGAGAGAAUCUGUGAGGUUCUGGACAGAGCUUCUGCGUUGUGUCGUGAAGGUGAGGAGCUGAUCCAGAACUCGCACUACGCCGAGGACUCCMUUCAACCCAAAUGCAGUGAGCUCAGAGAAACCAGUGAGCAUGUGAGCUGCAGUCUGAAGGCCAAGAAGGAGUACCUGCUCAAAGCCAUGGAGCUGCACCACCGACUGGAGAAGGCAUCUAAAUGGGUUGAUGAUGGCAUUUAUCUGCUAGCAUCACAGCCAGUGGAUAAAUGUCAGUCUCAUGAGGGGGCGGAGCUGGCUUUGCAGGAGCUGGAGCGUUACUUGGACAAUGCCAGCCAGAAUCAGCUGACUGACCUUUGUACCAUCUGGACAGAAUAUGAGGCAGUGCUGAACCAGCAGUUCAGGGACCAAGUGGAGAAAGUUUACCAGAAGCAGGCGUCCAUGCAGGAGAUGUUUGACAAGAGGAUGGUCAGUCUCAAGAAACUAGCAGCCAAACAAAUGAGACCAGUGCAGCCGGUCGCUCCAAGACCUGAAGCCUUCAUCAAGUCACCGCUCAGCUCACCUGCACACAAGACUCAGCAGGAGAAAAACGGCUUCUGUGAAAAAAAUGAAGACGGUAACAGCAGACAUGCAUCUCUGUCAGAGGAGGAGGAGAACCUGGCUGUGCUCAGGCGCCACGUCAUGAACGAGCUGCUGGAAACUGAGAGAGCCUACGUGGAGGAGCUUCUCUGUGUCUUACAGGGAUAUGCUUCUGAGAUGGAUAACCCCGCGAUGACUCACCUGAUUCCUACAAAUCUGCAAAAUAAAAAGGAGGUUCUGUUUGGAAACAUGCCAGAAAUUUACCACUUUCAUAAAAGAACAUUUUUGAGGGAGUUGGAGCAGUACACAGACUGUCCAGAGUUGGUUGGAAGAUGCUUUCUGGAGAGGAUGACAGACCUGCAGAUCUAUGAGAAGUACUGUCACAACAAACCUCGCUCUGAGAGCCUCUGGAGGCAGUGCUCAGAUUGCGCCUUCUUCCAAGAGUGUCAGAGAAAGCUGGAACAUAAGCUGGGUUUAGAUUCAUACCUGUUGAAGCCAGUUCAAAGGAUUACCAAAUAUCAGCUGUUGCUAAAGGAGAUGCUUAAGUACAGUAAGACCUGCGAUGGGGCUGACGACCUGCAGGAGGCGUUGGCGUCUAUCUUGGGAAUCCUUAAGGCUGUCAAUGAUUCCAUGCACCUCAUCGCUAUCACUGGAUAUGAGGGCAAUCUGAGUGAACUGGGUAAGCUCCUCAUGCAAGGGUCGUUCAGCGUUUGGACAGAACACAAGAAAGGUCACGCCAAAGUGAAGGACCUGGCUCGUUUCAAGCCCAUGCAGAGACACCUCUUCCUGCACGAGAAGGCUCUGCUCUUCUGCAAGAGGCGGGAGGAGAACGGCGAGGGCUACGAGAAAGCUCCUUCAUACAGCUUCAAACAGUCUCUGAGUAUGGAUGCAGUGGGUAUCACUGAGAAUGCAAAAGGAGACAACAAAAAAUUUGAAAUUUGGUGUAACUCCAGGGAGGAGGUCUAUAUUGUUCAGGCACCAACAGCUGAAGUGAAAACCACCUGGGUUAAUGAGAUUAGGAAGGUUCUGACGACCCAGCUGGAGGCUUGCAGAGAAGCCAGCCAGCAGAGGGCACCAGACCAGGUGUUUCAGUUCCCCCCUGUACCCAGUGGAACAGUAAGUCUCAGUCCAUUCAAGACGAGUCAGAAGAGUUUUAAAACGGGAGAAGAGAAGAAAGCUGAUCCUCUUAGCUCUGAUAUCAACUCUUCAUCUUCACCAAAGCUCUCAGAAAAAGAUGAGGCUGUGACAAGCCCAACCUCAGACAGAGCUGCUGUCACUAAAAAGCGCUUUACUUUACAGGGCUUCAGUAACCUCAAAGCUCAGAAAGGAUCUCCCACCAGCCCAGAUCACAAAUCGAAACGUCAGAGUGAUCCUACACCAUUUGGCUUCAAAGGAUGGAAUAAGACUUUUAUGUCUCUGGAUGCCUCGGAGGAACAUGAGGGCUACUCCAGCACUGAUGACCCUCUUAACUCUGACCCAGAAGAUGAAAGUAUCAAGAAGCUGUGUGCUGGUAAAUACACUGUGACGGCUGACCACGAAAUGGGAGGUGAUCAAGAGCUCUCGGUGAAGGGUGGAGACACAGUGCAGCUGGUGAAGGAGGGAGAAGAUGGACAGUGGUUUGUCCGAAACCUGAACACAUCACACGAGGGCUGGAUACCUGCUGCUAAUCUCCUCACGCUCAUCAGAAAAUCCAAGUCAUGUCAGUCUCUCACCAGCUCAGAAGGCAGCGGCUCCGGGAACAUCAGCACAUCGUCCAGCUGCAGCGAGACCUACACCAACUUUUCAGACAUCAAACCCUGAACCCUUCAGCCCCUCUCCUCCUGAACCAGGCAUCACACAGCUGUAUCUCCUAUAGCUCCAACAUCAGUGCUCAUUGAAGUUUUGCACAGAAACCUGUAUUUUUUCAUUAUUUUUAUCAUGCACAUCCACAAUAGAACAAUGUGUUUUGGAGCUAACAUGUGAAGAUACUCAGCACAUGCACACAUUUAAUACAGAUACUCACAGCAAACUAAAGAGAAUUCUCUGGUUCUUAUGAUCAAAUAACAGAUGCGUGGAUGGACCAGCAGGACUGAUCUCAGUAAAUGCAUCUCACUUUACAAUCAUUUAGUGUGGGUGAGAACUCUUACAUUCAUCUACAGAACAGUACAUCUUUUUACAUUUUAACUGUUACUAUGUUUGUAAAAUUAAAAAAGGGAAAAAAAGAUCAACAUGAAGCUUGUUUAGCUUGGAUGUGUCCCUUUCUUAUCCUGUCUUCGUCAUAUUGGUCAUUUUCCUUCCUUUUCCUGCUGUUUUUGCUCAUCCUCUGUCUGUUUAGUGUCAGUUCGUCUUUUUUCAAAUAAUGUUCUGCCAGCAGCCGUCUAGACAUUGUGUGUGAAUUUUCUGUCCUUCCACGUCAUCACGGUCCAACUUUUUUGGGGUUAUUGUACUUGACAACAAAUGUUUCUCGAUAUGAAGUAUCAGAAACCGCUGUAUAAUGCUAACUUAUUCCCUGUGAAGGAAUAAUGUUCUGAAUGUAGAUAGUGCGCACUGAUAACAGUCUGUCACGUUUGUCAAUGAAGAUGCUAUAUUGUACAUUGAGUAUGGUGUUGUCACAACUCGGUGACUUGUUUAAUUUUUUUACAUAAAGUAAUAAUUGAGUCUGUUU